AAUUUUCUGUUAGUGCAUAAACAAGAAACUGACCCAGAUUGGAUCGGAGUUUUAAAGUUCUGUUUUUACCAAAUUCUUUUACUCUAUGGAGUUAAAAAAUAAUUACAAUUGUGUUUGUUUAGUAAAUAAAACUGUCUGUCGUGUGAGCUGGAGCUAAUUCUUUGUGAUUUCGUGCAAAUAUUCAAAGGGAUUAUCACCUGUGUAAGACAGGAAGUAUUUGCCAGACAGAGUUGUCGUUAUUUGUUUAUUUUUUUUCAAAUACAAGUAUUUAUUUAUAAAGAGUUAUAUCUGAAUCAUUUUUCAUGAUGAUUUAAUUCAGAAAUAUACACAUAAGUUUUGCUUAAGCCUUUGUCACAUUGAAACACCAUAGCAAGGAGCUGUUAGCGUUACUGUUUUAGGUUUCGAACAGCAGAACGCUCAAGUUUUCUUCACAUCGGGAUUAAAGAUGUGAACAUGUAAGAACAAUGCCCAUGAAGGUGACCGUUUGCUUUGAUAAAGUAAAAGUGCUAGUUCCAUGUGGUGAUGGUGAACUUUUAGUCCGUGAACUCAUUGAGAAGGCAAUAACACGAUACAAGAAAGCAAUUGGAAAAUCGACUGAUUAUUGGGUCAGUGUUCAUACAGUGCGUACUGUAAAUGAAGACUCAAUUCUUGAUCCUGACGAUACGCUCUGUGACGUUGUUGAUGACAGGGAGCAGCUUAUAGCAGACUUUGAGGAGCAGGGUGGCCCUCGUUCUCACCACAAUGGAGGUGACGGACAGAGCGUCAGUUCUACAGGAACAGGAAGCCCCGAUAUAUUUGCUGCUGAACUAGCCCAUCACAAGUCCAAUCACCAUCGGGGAUACUCUUUUGAUAGUCAAAAUGAUGUGAUUGUUACUGACAUAGAUAUAAGCUCAGGUUCGGGACUGACAGUACGGAGAGGUAGUGAACCUGCACUUAAUGUUUUAGAGGAUGAAAAUAAACCAUUGUCAAAACAGACCAAUUUAAGUAACAGAAGCUUCGAUGAUAAAACAGAACAGAAGAAACAAGAUGAUACAAGUCCAGGCAAAGAUGACAGUCACAAACCAAUCAUUAAGGGUACAUUUGGGCAGAAGGAACGAGAGAAGACGCCCCCGUUCAGCAGGUUUGCACGGGAUUCCUGGCGUCAGUCCCUUGGAAAUCAACCCAACAUGUUCAAAUGGCUCGAGGCUCAGGAACGGCAGGAAGAAAGAAUUAAACAGCAUCCAGAGCGACAGGGGCCUGUAGGUGGCAGCACGUACCAGGAGGAUGAGGUCGAGGGCCCAGUCAAACCCCCUAUACCUCCAGCAAAAAAGGAAGUUGGUAUAGUUCUGUGUUUGAAGAACGAUGGUACACCACUGGGUAUACAUGUAGUACCGGACUUCAAUGAGGCUGGAAAAGAGAGUGGUUUAAUGGUACAGGGCAUAGAGCCAGGAGGAAGGAUAGAUCAGGAUGGCCGACUCAAAGUCCAGGAUAGAAUUAUAGAAAUCAAUAAUUUAGAUCUCCACAAUAUCACCUUUCCAAAAGCUCAGGAGAUAUUUCGAAAUGCUAUGAAAACAGACGAGGUGCGAUUAAAGGUUGUGAAACAUUCCAUACCUUUGUUACCAAAGAAAGUGCCACCUGCAGUUCUUCCGAAGCCUCGAGGUCACUCGCCCACAAAACCUAGUCCGCUCACCUUGCCGCCACAGAAUCUUGAUAUAAAUUCACCAGUGACCAGUCCAGAUGACACAAGCACUCCUCUGGAAAAAACUGCUGAAAGUGCUUCUGACACAAAAGAUGUUAAUCACACAAAGCAGAAUUCGUACAGUUCUAAAGACAGUGGAACAGUGCACACAAGUUCAUCUAAAAAUACCCCUUCACCUUCAAAGAAAGCCCCACCCCCAGCCCCUCCACAGCGCCACCCCUCCACCACUUUGUCUUCAAAUAACGCACCAGAGAAUGGUGCAGACAAUAACUCAAGUGCUGAAAAGAGUAAAUCUAGAUCAUCUUCACCAUCACCUAGUGCUUCAGGAACUUUAACGAAAAAACGUGAAGCAAUAAUAGCUCCAACAAACACAAAAAAGAUUGGGAAAAGAUAUGACAUAGAGUUAGUAAAAGGCCCAGUAGGUCUUGGAUUCAGCAUUACAACCAGAGACAAUCCCACAGGGGGUCCAUCCCCCAUCUAUAUAAAAAAUAUCUUGCCAAAAGGGGCAGCGGUGACAGAUGGACGAUUAAAAGCAGGGGAUCGACUGCUUGAGGUGAAUGGCAUAGAAAUGACGGGUAAAACUCAGGGAGAUGCUGUUUCAAUAUUACGCAAUACGACACUAGGAAGUACGGUACACAUUGUCGUGUCUCGACAAGAGAAUGAAGAAGAAGAAGGAGACGACAGAUUUAAGGUUCCACGUGAAUUGCAUGACUCUAACACCAGUGACCUUGACACUGCCAGAAAUGACCUUGAACUUCAACAUGAAAUUUUCCAGCCCCAGGAAAAAGCAGAAGAUGAUGGUACUUUGGCUGUGAUGAAAAACAAGGAACUGAUUGAGUUUAAUAUACCACUGAAUGACACGGGAUCUGCUGGGCUUGGUGUGAGUGUGAAGGGGAAAACCCUCACCACGGAGGAGGGGACACGGGAUCUGGGAAUCUUUGUUAAAGCUGUGAUACAUGGAGGUGCUGCUUCUAAGGAAACCAGCAUCAAGGAUGGACGUUUACAAGUGAACGACCAGCUGUUGGAAGUGAACAGCACCUCCCUUAUAAACCAUGCAAACACUGAGGCUAUGGACCUCUUACGCAAUGCUAUGCAAGUGGAUGGACCUGUUCCAGGAUGUAUAAAUAUUAAAGUUGCCCGCAGGAUCGGCGCUCCUUCCCCCUCCCCAUUUGCAUCCCAGGGUUCGGAGGAUGCUGAAUGGAUUAGUGGAGAGAAGGAAUUAAAUAACAAUGAUUCUUUAGACACAAGUGAUCAAAUGCCGGGAGAUACUAAUAGAACUCCUGAAAAAUUCAAAAACGGUGAUAUUCCAAGUAAUUUCAAAUCUCCGAAUCUAUUUCUGGAUAGAAUUAUGGCGGGAAAUGGACUAAGAAACGAGUCUUACACUCGAGCCACUCAUGAAAGUUACGUCGAAACUCCAGAGCCUUAUCGUACUAAAGGGAAUCUCAUUGACCUCUCUAAACAGAGACCACGACCUCAUUCUACACUAGGCAUAGAGCGAGGGUCACCACCAGGAUCAAAUAGUUCCAGCUCAGAAGAUAUGAGCAAGGAACCAGCCUGGAUUCAUGGUCCAGACUGGACCAGACAUGCUAGUCAAACAAGUGAAGAAAGUGAGCUAAGUCCUGGGCCUGAUGGCUUCAGUAGAGACGGUUUCGGUAGACAGAGUAUGUCUGAAAAACGUAAAGGUCACGGUGACCCGAGGAGCAGUGAAAUCUAUCAGAAAGUCCGAGGCUUGAAGGAACUUAAUAAAGGCCUGCAGAGAUCAAUUCAGCAGUCAGGAAGUUAUGGUCGACUGGUUAGAGCCGGUUCUGCAGACUCACUGCUCAGUCGUUCCAACAGCAACAUUAAUAGUCCCCGAGCUCUCGUGCAUGAAAAAUACGGCUUGUCAAAUAUUCGAGGCCCCGCCCCACCAACAAAUCUGAAGAGGUUUAGCUCCCUAGAGAACCUCUCCACAAUGCCAGACCCUGAUCCAGAUCCUGACAUGAGUGCGAGUUUCGAGGAUGAUGAAGUCAGUCCACAGCCGCGUAUGGCACGUAGACGUGGGGGAAACGAGAGUUUCAGGGCAGCAGUUGACCGAUCUUAUGACCCAGUGCCUAAACUUGAAAUGGACCCCUAUGAUGACGAAUCAAAUGUACCAACAGCAGCUUUACGGAGAAGCCACUCUGGUAAUAUUGUGCGAUCCCUCUCUUCUAUAUAUUUACGGCAUGGUGUAAUAUGCAAGUCGCUUGAUUAUAUAUUUCGUCUUUCCGAAGUGGAAGAGGAGGGUAGUGAAGGAGGGUCAAUAGGUCGCGACCCCACUAAUUCAGCAAGGUCGUCUACAAGUGAAAUGUUCACAGAAGAUGGGAAAAAGAAAGGGGCCAAGAAACACAAGGAUGCAAGAAAAUCAGGGGGCUUGUUAAAGGGAUUCUUCAAGUUUGGUAAGGGUAGGAAGACUCCAGUAGAUGAAGUCGGGAAAGGGGUAAAGCCUUCAGACCACAAGGACCAGCUAGACGGAGAGGCAAGGGCUCAUAGGGAACAUAUUGAACAGGAAGAACAAAGGUGGAGGCAGGCACAGGCUGAACAGGAGAGGGCGCAGCAGGAGUACAGGUGGUUACAGGAGCAGCAGAAGGUACGGCAGAUGAACCUGCCAGAUCAGCCCCUGCCCCAUGGUCAGGUGCCGUUCAAUCCACCGGAACCUCACAGUAUGGGUCACUCGGCCCCUGUAGUCAGUGGAUCAGAUUUACACAGAGACACUGCAGUUUCUCGUGCAGAGCGUAUCCAGCAAUUACGUGCAGAUCAUCAGCGUCGGCACCAGGAAAGACAGGGACAAUACCCACAGGAGGAUAGAGAGGAAGAAUACGAGCGACAAAUACAAGAAGAUGAGAAAAAGGCAAGCAGAUUUACUAGUGACCAAGACUAUUUCUUUUAUCAGAAAUAUGGGCAGAGUGCAAUUCCCAGUCAGAUAGAGCAGCAAGGUCAAAGGUCACGACCUUCAAGUAGAAAUCAGGUUGAAAGACCUCACAGUCGGAUUGGUUCAGCGGAUUUUGUUCAGGGUACCAGUAAUUAUCAGGAUUACAGAGACAUACAGCCGCAGGGAACCAGACUCAUUAGUGACUCAAAUAUUUCUAAAUAUAGUAACUUCUAUCGUCCUCCAUCGCGAGGGCAGACGUCAUUGACAGAUAUGAAUUUUCACCAUCAAAAUAAUCAGUACCAUCAACAGCAGCAGCAUUCAUCAGUGGUCCCACGGGGCCCCACCCCUUCUCAAGAUAGACAGCCACAGCACCCCUUUGGCAUUCAAAGGGGUCAGACACCAACUAAUGAAUAUGAUCGUAACACAAAUUUCCGAAAUGCAAACGGAAGCUAUCAAGGGGUUCAUAGAGUGCAGACACCACAAAAUGUGAUUGUCAGUGAUAGACGGAAUUACGCAGAAUACGAUGAUCUUAGAAGGGGUAAUAUGAAUGUGAAUAGAACUAAUUUAAAUUCAAAUAAAGAUCAUGUGACUAGACAGGAAGUGCUGCCACCAAGUGGUGGUAACUAUAGUAACUCAUCAUAUGCAUAUAGAGAUCCUGUAUUCACGUCAGUGGCGGGGAAAAGGCCAGUGAAAUCUUUAUCGCAACAACCAAACUCGGCAAAAGUCUGACAACAGAACCUAUUUGUGUCAGUGUUAAAUGUUAGACUAUGUUCUGAAAAGGUUAGAGGGUCAUUGAAAAUAAAAUUGAAGUAUUACCCAGCAGUAAACUGUAUUUUUCAUAAUAAUGAAUUUUUAAUUGGUCAUUUUACUUUUAUACAGUAUUUAACUGUAUUUAUACAAUUAUGCAGAUGAAGAUUAUAUUACAUGAUCUUGUAUUCACAGAACAUACUGUUAGCUAGUGUUCCAGUUUAUUAAUUAAAUGCAGGUGUAAUGAGGAAAGUUCAAACAAUUUUAUUAUUGAAAGUUAAAAGUUAUAGUAUUUACAUUUUAACAAACCCAAACGUUCAAACAUUUUGUGAUGCUUUACAGAACAUUGCUUUUAUACAAACCAUACUCUUAAAGGAGAAUGCCUCCAGGUUUAUGUCAUCUUAUUUCAGAAGUUUGGAAAUGCUUUCAUUUUUCAGUAAUUAUAAGUAAAAUGUAAAACUGAAGUUUCACAGUAUUUAUGAAUAGUCUGUGAAGUAACAUAACAGAAAGGUAGUUAAGCAUGCUGAUGAAAUAUAAACUGACAUAAUAUUGACUAAUAAAUACUGACCAAUCUGCAUUUCUAUGAAUGUAUCUUUAGAAAAGCGACAGAAAUUUGAAAGUUUGGCAUUCUGCCUAGAGGCAUGUCCCUUUAAGUUUUGAGUGGAAAUAGAUGAGAUCUCUGAAUCUGUUAAAGAUUAGAAGAAUUUACUCUAACUUUAGUAGCAAUUUUUAUGUAAGGUUAGUUCCUGAGAUAACUAUAAAAGUUUAUACAUUAGUAUCAUUUUUGUGAAUAGUAGGUUGUGAGGUGAAAUAUAAUAGAUGACAACGAAAAAAAAGAUGAUAUUGUUUACAUGUACCUGACUUAAUUGUAUACAAGAUUAAUUUUUAUAUUUACAUAAUGAAAUUAUCCAAGAUCUGCAUGCUUCUUUCUUAAUAGAUUUUAUCUUCAGUGAGAUUUUCUUAAGGUAUAUAGAUGUUUGUCUGAAUUUGUAGAAUUAAAUCUGUUGAUUCUGAAUUUAGACAGUAAUUCCAGACCUUUUUAUGAGUAUUUUGACCACAUCUCUUGGUCUGUAUUGGCUAGUUGGUGUAAAGUGCUGGGGGUCAUGUGAAGUAGUGAGGUCAUCUGGCAAGAGAGCAGGGUACACUGGAGGUAACUCAAUGUAACUUGCAUAUCAAGAGGAGGGUCAUGGAACCCAUUGAAGUCAGGCAGUGCUCCCCAUCACUUAACCCUUACCUUGCUAAAUUUCUAUAAUGAACAUGUCCAUCUUCCAAUUUGGACUGUACCAUUAACUGUCAAAAGGGGUGCUUACCAAAAAGAUACCGACUGAAUGGUGAACAGUGCAGAUCAUGAUCAGACUGCACGAAUGUGCAGGGCUGAUCAUUAUCUACAAUGAUCGCAAAGGCAGAAUCAGUCGUGCCCAGCAUGAUGAGGAUUAAUAGUGGACAAUACUGACCUGUUGUCAAGUGGUAUUUCUAUGUCACACGAUCUCCUGCAGUAACACUAACACAUGCUAUGAGAUCUAUUUGAAAUGUUCAGAAAAAAAGGAAAUUUUUGCUCCAAGUCUGGAAUUACUAUCUAAACUGUUCCAUAUAGGCUCAUUACUUGUGUAAGUAGCAGAUUUCAUCAAAACUCCAUAAUUUUAGUUGUUGUUUGUCACACUUGUGCUUGAACCAGAUUGAAGAGCAUAGUUUUCAUAAAAAUACUUUUCAAAUUUCCCUUGUUGAGAAGUGUUUAAAAUAAUCUAAUACAAUAUUUAAGAGUCAAAUUCAAGUUGCAACUGAUCUUCAAAUCAAAAUUGUUUUUUUCCUACAGUACUGUGAGUGUAAUUUGAUUGUCUUUCUACUUGAAUAGUCAUUAUUGAUAUAUGGAAAUAUGCUUAAGCAAUUAUAAAGUUAUCAAGAGAGUAGCCAGACUUCAUUGGAUGUGUGGCCUUAAAUGAGGAGGUGCUAGUUGCGUGCACGCUUUUACAUUACAGAAUAGGUUUAGUGCAUUCUGAGGUGGUAUAGCUUAGAAAUAUCAUUUAAAUCAUUUUGAAAUUAUUAAAAGCAGUAAAUCAUGCUUGUUAAAAUCACCUGCUGGACAAGGCCUGAGCUGUUGUUGCAGCAUGGGAACUCUCAACUCUCGUUUUUAACCUUUUAACAUUUGUUUCAUGUAUGUCAUAGAACAAUCUCAGCAUGGAAUUAAUUUUUAAAAAAAGCAGUAAGAAUGUUGUGAUGAGUGAUAUUACAUAUGUUGCUGUAAAUGGAGGAAUUUUGUGAUACACAGGUUUCUUAUGAACUUUCUUAUUUUAAUGUAAAAAGACAUUUUUGGUUUUAGGGCAAACAGAAAGUGAUGUUAUGAGUUUUUCCUGUUUUGAUUAACUAUAAAAUACAAAACUUACUUAUUUAGCAAACUUUUACUCAUGUUUGAUUGCACAGUUGUUUAGCUUUUGUCAAAAACUAGCAUAAAACGAAUGUUUUAAUGUAAAUUUACUUGUAUUGAAUGUAAAAUGCUUUUAAAGCAGUGAACAUUUAAUGUUCUUGUAGAGAUUUAGACAACACAUAUGGGAACAAAUAUUAAAUCUCAGCUUCUCUGUUCUGUUAGAAACAACAGUAUAUACACCAAAACUUCAUAUCUCAGAUUGUUGCUGUGUAAGGCUGUCCUUUGUAAGGUUGUGAUCAUCUAUUUUCUAUGUUUUUACACGGAAUGCAAUUUCCCUACUUCGCAGCAUUUUGAUGCCUUCUUUUCUUUACACUCAUGGUUGUGAUUGUCAUGUUAUAAGCUAGUAUUUGUUGUAACUAUGCAGCACUAUCUGUCUGCAAUGCAUUCUUUCAUGUCAGUAUUCACGCUGAUUUCACAAACAUCUCGAGUAUCAAUGACAAUAAAAGAUCUGAUCAGUGAAACAGUAAAGUUAUGAUUAAGAAAUAAUGUAUAGAAAAAACUUGUUUUAACGUUAAUAAUACAUAGAAUACAUAGAAAGAGGUUAUACAUCCAUGGAAUAAUUUCACGAGGGCAUAGACCGUGUGAUUUAUUCUUGCGACGUAUAACCGAUUUGGAGUGUAUUAAUAUAGAUAAAACACGAUUUUGCUGUACUUUAUUUUGAUUCUAAUAUGCCCUUAAUCUAAAACAGUAGAUGAAAUAUAGUUGGGCUCUUUUUUGGUCUCAACAAAAAGACCGACCUCAUCGCACGUUAAUGUGACAUCAUUAUAGCUUAAGAGUGUUUUAACAGAAACAAGCAUAUUAGAAUUAUUGUCAAAACAACAGUUCUAAUAUCCAUAUUGAUUUAAAACAGAAAACUGAUUUUUGAAUGAUUUAAAACAGAAAACUGAUUUUUUGAAUGAUUUAAAACAGAAAACUCAUUUUUGAAUGUAUAUGUGAUACACCAGACUUUUGACUUCAUCUCCAAAAUGACAAAAGUACUGACUAUUAAGUUUAAAAAUCUGUUCAAAGCAUCGAUUAUAAUUCCUAAAAGUGAAAUGAAUGAAAAAAAUAAUGAUUUUUAUUUGUAAAGAUGUUCAUAUAAAUUUUUAGCCUGAUAGUAAUUGCCUAAGUUGAGCUUGGCAACUGUUUUUUUGUAUUUAUACAUUCAUAUGAUAUAUCUACAUGUUUUUGUCUAAGUUCACAUUUUGUGCAAUUUGUCAGAGAAAAAGGUUGUGCCUUUAAUCUUGUGAUGGUUUUAUCCUUUUUAACUCAUUGUAUGUUUCCAUGGAUAUGGUGUCUGUGAUACCGUGGAUUUAGUGUUUGUGUAUUUCUAUGGAUGUAGUGUCUGCAGUUUCAUGGAAACUGUUUGUUAGUUUCUAUGGAUACAGUGUCCAAGUUCCUACAUGUUUUCUUUUUCCAUGAAUACAGUGUCUUUGUUUCCAUGGAAACUGAGAUUUUCUGUAUGUUUUUCUUAUUACAUAAAUUUGGCUUGUACAAGUUCUCAGAAGAUACACAAACACUCACAGAAAUCUCAACCAUUACAUAUUCUUUUGAUUAAGUGACUUAUUCAGUACCGGUAGAUAAGGCUAUUUGUAGAUUUUACUAUAAUAAUUUGUGGGCUGAGCUCGAAACUCUUGUAGUUGUAUAUAAAUAAAGAACAAGAUACAUGAGUUUCUCACUCAGCCCUCAUAUUGCACUUUGUUUUCUGAAGUUCUCAAAAUUCAGCAAGUUUACAGCUUUCAUUCUUCUAUUAAUAGGAGUUUCUUAUUUUUCAAAUAUACAGAAAAAUACUUAACUCAAGUUAUUUGGAAAAUGAUUAUCCUUUUUGUAUACAUGUACCUGUUCUAGGUGUUUUACCUGGUAAUUGUGUGUAAUCCUUUCAUGGUUAUAAAAACAAUGAAUCUGAUACAGUUAUAUCUUAUAAAGCUACUUACCUGAAAGUUUUGCAUACUGACGAAUAAAUGGGUUAUGACAGGCAAUAUGCAUCCCGCUGUUUUGAAGACUUUGUUUGGCGUUUACACAUGUUCGUAUGAAUUGCAUCAAAAUUUAUUAUACAGUUUUCAUGAUUUCAUUUUUCAAGGGGUAACCUAAAUAUCUGGUGGUUCUUGUAAAGAGGGAAAGAUGUAUCUUUAGUGAACUCACUGAAGCAGCAAAUAUAAGCAUAGCAAAUAUGAGCUAUUUGCAUUGGCUUUUCUUUACUGCGAAAACAGCUAGAAAGAUGUGGAUAUAUCAGAAUUCUGUUGUUUUAUUUCUGUUAAAUGUCCUUAACUAGCAAAAUACUGGUUUGUUUAUGAAAGAUUGUUAUCUGCAAUUUUUUCACUAAAUUCUAAAAUCUUGAUUAUUUUUGACUCUACACAAUGGAAACAGCAGAGUGCUUUGAACAUGUUAAUGUGUUAAAAGUGUCUUUGUAUCAUACCAAUAUUAUUAUUGAAGCAUAUAUUUUAUAUUUUUGUAUAGCCAUCCAAUAUAUUUUAAGAUUAAAAUAUAGUUGAAAUCUG